AUGGAGAAAGAUUCGGGUGUCGGCGAAGAAGAGUACACAAGCUACGAACCUGAGGACUCUGUUCCUCGCGAUGAUGCCGUAAAUGGAGGUUUCGUGCCGGUGAUCGUCAUCACCGGAGCCAGCAGUGGCAUAGGAGAAGCCAUCGCCCUCCAAUACGCUUCUUCCCGCGCCUGCCAGUUGGUCCUGGCUGCGCGCUCGCGGGACAAGCUGAAGGCAGUCGCCAUCAAGUGCCGCAAGCUCGGGUGUGAGGUGGCCAUCAUCCCCACCGACGUGUCCAAGCCCAAGCAAUGCAAGUUCCUGAUCAAGGAGACCAUCCGCAUCUUCGGCCGUCUCGACUACCUGGUACUCAACGCCGGCGUGUCCAUGCACAUCGCCUUCGAGGAGCUCAAGGACCUGGAGAUCUUCCACAAGCUGAUUGACACGAACUACUUCGGCUACGUGUACACGACACACUUCGCUCUGCCCUUCCUGCGCAAGAGCCCUCAGCCCAAGAUCGUGGUCAUUGGAUCCCUCUCGGGCGAGACUGGGGUGCCGCUGCGUACGGGCUACUGCGGCUCGAAGUUCGCAGUGAACGGUUUCUUCGAAGCCCUGCGGACCGAGCUGGGCCCAGCAGUCCCCAUAACCAUCGUGUCACCUGGGUACGUGGACACGGAGAUCCGGCAGAACGCGUACGGGCCAAAGGACUUCAACCCGGCGUCGGGAGGCAUGAUGUCGCCCAAGCGCUGCGCCGAGCUGAUCGUAGAGGCCGCCGAUCAGAGGCGACGAAAGGUGGUGCUCACGCUGAGCGGCAAGCUCGCCUACGCGCUUCGGCCAUUCGUGCCCGACAUCAUCGACAUGCUCGUCAAGCGGAAAGCUCACCAGAAGAAGAAGGCCGCGCUCUAG